AUGGAAGAAACAGAAUUAUUAUCAAUUUUUGAUGUACAAUAUACGUACACAAACAUAUCUAGAGAAAAGGCACUAAAGGCCCUGUUGGAUAGUUUUGACCGACAGGAGGAUAUCUCGGAAGCAGAUGCUCAGGAGGGAGUCGUUAACACGACUAAUCAAUUUGACAAUAAAGACAAUCUACUUCACAUUCAGCGACAACAGACAUUUGGACUUCCUGUGGGAUCGCCGCUCUCAUCUCUAAUGGCAAAUGUGUACAUGAACAAACUAAAAGAUAAUUUCAAGACAUCACUGCUUCAACCAGAAGUGCUUAUGCGGUACUUGGAUGACUACUUCGCCCUCUAG